AUGUCGUUCAACGGUACAAAGGCGAGAGACCAUCGCAAGUCCUUGCGUGUUAUAGCCGAGAAUGAAGCCCAAAGCGAUGGCGACGGCGACGACGACGAAUGCGACCUCGAUAUUAUUGAAUCAUCGCGCAAACACUUGGACAUCUCAGGUUACAUCCAAGCCCUUACCCAGACUCAGUCCCAGUCGCAAGAGACAGGUGACGAAUUUGGCAUACAAGAAACAGCAGAUCACGUGUCGGGCGCCCACGUCAAUCCAAUCCCGGAAAGACACGUGCUCCAAAGACAAAAUGCCGUCAGCUCCAAGGAUUAUACUGUUGCGCACAACGUGAGCGAGCAAGAAGAGUCAGAUUGGACAGAAGACGAUGCAAAAGCCACUUACGAAGAAUGGAAAAAUCGCAAAAAACUCAAGCGCAAACGCGUCGCUGCCGAAACAAACAGGAUUCGAGCAGUGAAGAAGUCCAAAGCAGCGGCAGCGUCGAGCAUUGUGGGCCGCAAGCCUCAAACCAAACAGAAAGAGCGUGAUGGUCCAGUAGGGUUCAGUACAGACGAGGUGGCUGAAGAUGUGGACAACAACGUGACAUUCUUGGACGAACCAAUUCCAGACUAUGUCACAGCGCGUCAGAGGGGUUUGAAAAAGCUGCGCGAGGCUGGGCUGCGGUACCCGCCCAACUACGAGGAUGUACGUUUCUCAGACUCGGAAACAGAAGAAAAACCUCAGCUGGACAAGGCUAUCAAGCCGCAACGAAAGCACAAAAGCAUCAAACUCCGUGACUCUGGAGCUAUCAUACCUGCGCCCAUCGCGCAGUGGCUGCGAGACUAUCAAGUCGAAGGCGUACAGUUUCUCCACGAAAGUUUCGUGAAGCAAACUGGCGCCAUUCUGGGCGAUGACAUGGGUCUCGGAAAAACUAUUCAGGUCAUCGCUUUCCUCACUGCAGCGUUCGGAAAGAAAGGCACAAAGCGUGAUUCAAAGUGCAUGCGCAAAGUUCGUCGUAUAAACGAUGGCCGAUGGUAUCCUCGAAUCCUGAUCGUGUGUCCGGGUACUUUGAUGCAGAACUGGGAAGACGAACUGACAAAAUGGGGUUGGUGGGAAGUCUACCGGUAUCACGGUAACCCAGCCGAUCGAAAAGGUGUCCUUGGAGCAGCUGCGAAGGGAAUGCUGGAGAUCAUGAUCACGACUUACGACACGUUCAGAAACAACGAGAGCGACAUAAACACUAUUGACUGGGAUUGUGUCAUUGCAGAUGAAUGCCAUCAGAUCAAAAACAAAGACGCAGAAAUCACAAAAGCCAUGAACAAGAUCAACGCACUUUGUCGUGUAGGGCUCACGGGAACUGCCAUCCAGAACAAGUACGAAGAACUAUGGAACCUGCUCAACUGGGCACGACCAGGUGCCUACGGCUCCGCUCAAGAGUGGAAACAAAACAUCGCUAUACCACUCAAGCUAGGUCAAUCUCACGAUGCAAGUAGAGCGCAGCUCGCAGAUUGUCGUAGCAGAGCCGAAGAUCUUGUUCAGAACAUUUUACCCAGUGUCUUCCUUCGGAGGAUGAAGUCGCUCAUUGCCGAUCAGCUUCCCAAAAAGAGUGACCGGAUUGUGUUUUGCCAGCUCACUGAGACGCAGGCCGACGCAUAUCGGACGUUUCUAGAAAGUGACCGAUGUGACUUCAUCCGCACAGCCAAGGAGCCUUGCGAUUGCGGAUCUGACAAGUCGAGAGGCUCGUGCUGCUACGUCGAGAUACCUGGUGAAGGUGAAAAAUGGGGAAAAUAUAUAUUUCCUUGCAUGGUAAUGUUACAGAAGCUUGCGAACCAUCUUGCUUUGAUUGUACCGUCAUCGUCUGAGAACAAAGAAAAGCAAGCGAAGGACAUGCAUAACCUCGAGACGGCAUGUCCAGACACCUUCAAAGACUUGUUCCGCAUACGAGACAGUAUUCUCAACCAGUCGCAGCGCGAGUUCUGCGGGAAGUGGAAAGUGUUGAGGAGGCUGCUCGACUUUUGGCACGCAAAUGGCGACAAAGUCCUCAUCUUCUCCCACUCGGUACGACUUCUGAGGCUUCUAAGAGGACUUUUUGAUGUUGAUGGGACGAAAUACAACUUUUCGUAUUUGGACGGUAGCAUGAAAUAUGAGGAUCGGUCCAAAGCUGUCUCAGACUUCAACGCAGAUCCAAACCAAUUCGUCUUCUUGAUAAGUACGAAAGCAGGCGGUGUUGGUCUUAACAUUACCUCGGCAAACAAAGUCGUCGUUGUAGAUCCAAACUGGAAUCCUGCCUACGAUCUCCAAGCGCAAGACCGUGCAUACCGUAUUGGACAAACUCGAGAUGUUGAAGUGUUCAGGCUCGUUUCCAGCGGCACAAUCGAAGAGAUAGUGUACGCGCGACAGAUCUACAAGCAACAGCAAGCCAAUAUUGGCUACACUGCAUCGCAUGAGCGCCGAUAUUUCAAAGGCGUCAUGGACCAGUCCAGUAAAAAGGGCGAACUCUUUGGUCUAACAAACCUUUUCACCUUCCAGGAGGACAGUGUUUUGCUUCGCGACAUCAUGCACAAAACAAACGUGGCAGAAUCCCGCGCCGGUGUUCAUGGCCUCGACUUCCAAUUCGACGACUCACAACUCGAUCUCGACGACGACGAUAUCCUUUCAAACAAAAAUCUCGGUCUUGCCGACGACGACGCAAACUACGGCGAGAUUAAGAGAUUCGCCGACUCCUUCAUUUCCAGUUCAACUAAACAUACCAAACCAGACCCUAUAAAUGCCAUCCUCGCAAAAGCGGGUGUACAGUACACGCACGAAAAUUCUGAAGUGAUCGGUCGCAGCGAGGUCGAAGCACGGCUAAGCAAACAAGCAAUAGAAGUUCGCAACGACGUCGAUCUCGCUACGAAACCAGUAUUUCAAGGCUCGCAAGCGCAGUCUCAGUCGCGACGACACCAACAUACACCGUCAUGGGAUGAAGUGCAUCGUGACGACGAUAUCGAGUUCAGCGCCUCAGACAACGAACGAGUGGCAGUUAGCAAAGGGAUGAAUAUCAGCUACAGAUACCGACCCGAUGAACGGAUUCGCAAAAGGCAGUUUUGCAGUAUAGCGGAGAGUAUGGGCUUUGAAGAUCCAGUAGAAUUUGCGUUAUUGGUCGAGGGAUCAACGCAAGAAGAGAGGAGGAAGAUGCUAGAGAGGUUCUACAGAGGACGUAGGAUGGAGAUCGCAGGCAGCGGGAGGUAGGAAGAGUUGGGAGUCCUGUAAGGGUUAUCUAAAGGAGCUUUGCCGGUGGCCGCGAGGCGUAGUUUGAUACCCUUGCUUUCGGUUUAUAAUGCUGACUCGUGCACGG